AUUCCUUGAAUUACAUUAGGCGAGCUAGCUGGCGGAAGCAUAUGCAUAAAGGUUACUAGGUAACAAUUUUCAACGACAACUGUUUAUUUAUUAUACUGCUUCAAAUACCUUCGACUAAAUCAAAUGUAACCAUAUCAACUGUAAAUUACGAGCCACCUGUUAACUCCACCAUCUUGGUUAUGACUUCUCAAUCACGCGGCUCUGAAAGUUGUUAUUGAUAUCUUUUUUGCUUUAAACAUAAUGGUAUUGCCCAGUUUAUAUCAAAUUGCCUUCCAGCAGGGAAGGAUCUUUUCAUACGGGCUAAAUCAAGUGCGAAACAAAAAUUAUCUUAAUCGCCCGCGAUUACGAAAUCCAAUUUGGUUUGUGAAAAAAGAAAGAACAACUCAUGAUGAAUUGCUCACAACGGAAAAUAAAUCCUUCGUACAAGAAGUUUUGCAUGACAAAUAUGGCCAUCCAGCAUUGGUGAAAGGUAUUCUAACUUUCAACCAAACAAAUCAGUUUGUCCAAACGGAGGAGCUAGCACCUGUACAGUGGCAGCCAGGAUUCAGAAGAACCGGUGUGAUAGCUAGAAAAAUCGGACAGUAUCCAUUAUGGAAAAAAGAUGGUACAAAAAUACGUACCACUUUACUACAGGUGAUAGAUAAUCAUGUCGUAAAGUAUAUUCCACCCGAAGAAUUCAAUCCACCUCGUGAGCUCAAACAGAAACGUAAUUGGAAAUCCACCUUCGGAUGCUUGCUUGUUGGUGCUCAGAGCAGGGAUCCUUCAAUAUUUACCAAAGAAUAUUGCGGUCUAUUCAAGGACUCGGGAGUACUGCCGAAGCAGCAUUUAUGUCGUUUCAUCGUAUCUCCAGAGGCGCGUCUUCUCCCAGGAACUCCAUUAAAUGUUACUCAUUUUAAAGUGGGCGACUACGUCGAUGUUCGAGGAAAAACUAUAGAUCACGGUUUUCAAGGAGUUGUGAAACGACAUGGUUUUAAGGGAAUGGGAGCGUCUCAUGGUGUAACAAAAACACAUCGUAGACCAGGUAAUAUUGGAGCUGGGGGUGAAAAAGCACGAGUAUGGCCGGGAACAAAAUUGCCUGGUCACAUGGGAAAUCGGUGGCGCCAUUUAAGAGGACUAAGAAUAUGGCGAAUAAAUACCAAGUACAACGUUAUGUGGGUCCAAGGGAGCAAUAUUGCCGGAGAGACUAAUGGACUAAUAUAUAUCUACGACACCAUUUUACCUUUGAGGAAGCACAAAGAGGCUCCAGCUUUUCCAACUCAUUACGAAUCGGUGAAUGAUUUGCAUACAGAUGAAAAUAUUUGGCAUGAAGAUAUUCAUAGUUUUAAAGAUGGUUCCAUUGCAUUUAGAGAAGAAUAAAUAUCAAAUUAUGUAGUCCCGCACUUUAA